AUGGACAACACACUAGAUCAGACGUCGCUGGCCACCAUCUCGCUGCUUGAGGCCCGGCUGCGGCGGAUUGAGCACAUCCUGUACGGUCCUUCCACUCAACCGACUGAGCCGCCAGCAGAGUCCGCGACAUCCUCCCUCGCCGAUCUCGAGCGCCGCUUCAACCAGCUGCUGCGGCACUUCCGCGUCUACGCCGAGAUCCUCAAGAUCUAUAAAUCCCACCCAACCCUCUUCCAAUCCCCCACAAUCUCCAACCCCAACAACAACCCGAACAACAACAACACAUCCUGGCCAUUCCCCCGCGAAGAACCACCAACCCAACUAUCCCCGCUCGCGUUGCGCGAAACGGUCCUCGCCUACGCAUCCUCCUUCCCCUCGACCGCAUCCGCCCUCACGGUCAUCACCUCCGACACGCCGAUCCCGGACGCGAAGCAGAGCGCCGAGCUGGCGGCGCUGGGCCCGCGCAUGCGCGGCGUCGAGGCGCUGCAGCGCGCGCAGGCGGUCGAGAUGUCGGAGCUCAGGCAUCGCAGCGAGCGCGCGCUGCGCGCGUGGUACGAGGGCGGCAUCCUGCGGUACGGACAGACACUGGCUAAUGUGGAAGGGCGGUUUGAGAGGGUCGAGUGGGGGGUUCGUAGGGCCGCGCGGGAGCGGGCGGAGGCGGAAAAGGUGUGA